AUGCCGCGCAACACAACCCUACCGUACACCUUCGACAAUACCGCCGGCGCGAUCCCACUCGCCAUUGAGAAGUUGUACAACGAGAGUGUGCUGCCGAGGAGCUUGAAUUUUACGUAGGUUUUUGGAGGGGUAUUGGGGUAGAGUGCUGAUAAGUUUAGAUUGCAGUUUGGCAAUGUUGAUGAGGGUAGAUUGACAAGUAUUAUACCCCAUUUUAAAGCUUGUAGAGAGUAGUAUUAGAUAUCAUUUGACUUUCCGCCCAAGCCAUCUUCGUUUUUGAGAAAUAGUCAUCAAAAAUGAGGGGCAUUGGGGUGAAAUUGUCACAUCUAUCCACCCUGUUUUCCAGAAUCAUUUGGCGAUAUGAAGAAUGCACAGAAUCGACUGCCGCUGGCUACACUUAUCAAAUGAUAACCGAAAACCACAUCGACGCACUAAUUGCAUCGCCCUGUCAAGAUGGGGCCACAGUUUCGGGCCAUCUUUGUACUUUCUACAAUAUCCCGGUGCUCAUGUGGGGAGGAACUUUGCUUUCGGAUUUUGCGGAUCCUUUGCUUUUUCCGACCACUAUCAAUGUAAUGCCAACUUAUACGGAGUGAGUUGAACGGUUUGUGGUCAAAAAAAUUUGGUUGUUUAGUAUGGUAAAAAUACAAAAUUUUUAGUUUUUCCCGAGUGGUUUGCGAUGUGAUGAGCGAGUUCGAAUGGACCCAUUUCGCGUUUAUUAUUCAAAGCGAUGACGAUGGAGGUUGCCAGUCGUUUCAACGGGAUUUGGAGGUAAAUAAAACAAAGAAAGUACUUCUAUGGGGUAUGGAGUUACAGCUCGAGACAUAAAUAAAAAAAUCGCAAAAUUUUUCUGAUUCAGAAUAUUUAUAUGUUAGCUGCCUAGUUUUGGUCUGUAAGGGUGAAAAAACCCUCAGAACUUUUCUCGGAACACCACGCAAAUGCCCCCUUUUUAAAUUGGACCUACUAGGUCCAAUUUUAAGGUGUAGUCUUAAUCAAGUUUGAUAUUGUAAGGCUUGUCAAGAUACCAGGGUUUACUUUAGCUCAAAACAAAGCUUUUGAUUUGUCAAAAACUUGGUCAAAAAGGCGUUUGCGUGGUGUUGCGAGAUAAGUUGUGAGGAUUUUUUCACCCUUACAAAUCAAAAUUAGGCAGCUAACUUUUACAAAUUCUGAAUCAGAAAAAUUUUGCGAUUUGUUUGAUGUAUGUCUCGACCUGUAACUCCAUGCCACAUAGAAGUACUUUCCUUGUAAAAUUAAUUUUUUAAUUGUUCUUAAGUUGAUUUGAAUCCUUUUAAAAUACGAGUUAUUUUCACUAUUUAGCAAGUAACCUCAAGCCGAACGGACUGCGUUGUCAGUUUCAAGGAUCGAGUGGACACUUGGAAGGACGAGGAUAUCAAUUACACGAUUACUAAUAUCCAGCAGAGAGCUAGAAGUAAGCCGAUGGAUAUCACAUUUUUUCAAGGGUAGUGAUGAGUUUUAUUUGAUUAAUUUCAGUUGUCCUUCUCUGUUUUGACGAUGUCGACCAAAAACGAGAAUUUGCCCUCAGACUAAAUGACUACGGCCUGAAUACUCCGGAUUAUUUGUACAUUAUGCCGGAUACGGAUAUGAGUUUAGCCGGUAAGAAAACAUCUCUAUUAAAGGCUUGAAGAAAGUCAUUUUUUGGGAGAAGAGUUCUUCAUCAACUUGGGAAAAAUUUAGUUUAGACUUUCAUCACAAUUUAACAUAUCUUUUGCCGCGCAGAAUUGACAAAGAUACGGCGAAAAAAUAUUUUCUCAACUUUUACAUGCGUGAUGUGUCUAGGUCGCUUAUUAUUGGUGAAAAUCCCAGCUCUAUCAUCUCAGAAGAAGCCGAGAUAUGCAACGAUCUGCUAAGCAUAUCUAGAUUGCAGUGAGGACCUGAUCCAGUGGCAAAAAACAUACCAUUUUGCAUCCAGGAAGUAUCAAAAAAUGUAACAAAAUAUCUCCCUCUCCAAGUGAAAAAAUUCCGAUUUCAAAAGCGCCCGAUCUUUUUGUGAGGGAGAGCCCUUCAAACCGAAAUUUUUUCACUUGGAGAGGGAAGCAUUUUGCUACAUUUUUUGAUACUUCCCGGAUGCAAAAUGGUACGUUUUUUUGCCGCUGGAUCAGGUCCGUCACUGUAAUUUCGAUGUGUUCAAUGGUCAUCAAAGAUCGUUGAAUAUCUCGGCUUAUUCUGAGAUGAUAGAGCUGGGAUUUUCGACCAAUAAUGAGCGACCUAGACAUAUCACGCAUGUAAAAGUUGAGAGAAAUCUGAGCUCUCUUUUUUGAGAAAUCUCCAUAUAGAAAAUUUUGAAUGAAAGAGUUUUUUCUGUCAAAAAGAUGGUGUUUUAUAAACAUUUUCUAUUCGGUUUUGGUAUAAAAAUUUCUCUAAUCACGUUAUUCUACUCACCCCUUACUGAUUUGUACUAAAUACCAGCAGCAGAUGCGAACUACAAACCCUUCUGGUACGACCGCAACACCCCCGCCGACGGCCGGGACGAGGACGCGAAAAGAAUCGGGAAACUGUCGUUUCAGGUGAGUCUUCAGGUACGUUGAAGCUACGCCCUCGCCACUCUGUUUGCAGCUUCACGCUGACUCCGAAAGCGACGUUUCCGCCGCCAUGACGCAACAAUUCAUGCAACAAGUGGUCCCGCGAAUCAAGUCGUGGCCCUUUUAUUGCGAGGAAUGCGAGCAAGAUCAGAACGCCUCGGCGUUUGCGCCAUUCCUCCUUGAUCUGAUCCAGCUGUAUGGCCUGGCGCUAAACAAGACGUUGGCCGAGGAUCCGAGUCAAUACAGGAAUGGGACGAGGAUCUCGGAUAAUAGUUAUGCCGACUUUUCGGGUGAGUGGAAAAGUUUUAAAACAGAGUAUAGGGCAGUUGAAGAAAUAGUUGAAUUAGGCAGUGAAAGGUGCCAAAAGUUCACCAUGAAAUUUUUGCAAAACUUGCAGCGUUUUCGCAAUUUCCUUCUUUAUUUUCAAUAAUAAUAUUAAUCUUAUCGAAAACCCCGAAAAAAUUCCGACAAUUCUCGGUGAUUUUCAACCGAAAAACUUCAAAAUUUCUCGUUCAUUUUCAACUGAAAAACACUGGUUUUUGUGGCAAAAAUGCCCCUACUUCAGAAGGUCGUAGCGACCUCAGUUUGCACUUUAAAAUUUUGCUAUUUCAUGGACAAAAAUUAGUGUCGCUUAAAAAUAGAUAUUCCAAAAACGAAGUCUCUGCGCCGCCUCCGCCGAACGCUAUAGCCUCCGACUUUCCUUCACGUUUUUUGUACGACCCUUUAUGAUAGAAAUUUUGCACUGACAACUCCCUGGUACUGAUAAUUGCAUGAAUCUAAUGAAUUCAACCGCCUCUUCCAAUUUUAUGGGAGUUUGCUUUUAAAAAAUGGUUUCUAAACCUUUAAAAAUGCCUGAUUAACCUUUUGGCAACUGUUCAAGCCACUUAUACGCCUGGAAACUCAAUUCGCAACAUUUAACUGCCAAAUCAAUCGUUAGAAUUUCGUGUUGUAAACAAAUCUUGGCUGGUUUUCAAAGAUUCCAGCAGAAUAUCCAAGGUUCUUCUAGCUGCCCGGAAUGUGGUUUUUCGCCGUUGUUUUGGCCAUAUUACUGAUCAUAAAAAGUUUUUUUUGACUUCUGUUUUUUAGGGUUUACUGGGAAAGUUGUUGUUGGCGAUGACGGAGUCCGAGACUCUGUAUAUGUUCUCUCGGAAUACGCGGAGGAUGAGAGGAUGACUGAGCAUGCAACUUUUGCCAUUGAAGGUAACUUUCUUCCGUCUUAAAAUGCCGGCUAAAAUCAGAAAAUUAGAAAACGAUUUAUUUGUAUUUACAGGUCUGAAUGUCAAGAUAAAUGUGACGGAUCGCUCCAAAAUUUGGGCCUCUCGAAAUGGCGUAGCGCCAUUGUCAACCCCAACCUGCGGCUUCGACGGCAACGGAUGCCCGAAGCCGGUCUGGGAGGCGUACAUAGGCUGGUUUAUUGCGGCAAUUUGUGUGGCUGUGAUUUUGAUCUUAUCGCUUUUUGGGACUUCAUUCUAUUUUGUGCAGUAAGCGAAUUUUUGGGGGAAAUUUAUUAAAAUUUGAACUUCAGCUCGAAAAGUGAGGAAAAACGAAGAUUGAAUGAGAUGUGGCAGAUUCCCCAUCGACUACUGGAGAAGUAUAAUAGAGUAAGUUUUUCUGCUUUGUGGUGCAUGUGAAAGAGGUGAAUGGACCUUUGUAAAACGAGUGCUCGAGAGGAAUGAGUCAUUAGUAUUGAAGUACUGGGCGCGCAGAUCCGAAGACUUGUUUUUGCUGACAAUGAGAGGUUUUGUUUCCUAGCGGUCAUGCUUGGCCUAGAAUCGCUCUUAGAUCUGUAAGACCAACACCAAGCAACCUGAGCCUAGAUUUGAGUUCAUUAAAUGAUCAGUCUGGGAUGCCUCUUCAAUACAGUGGCUAGCCUAACUUUGAUAGUAAAAAGGAUCGUCAAGGUGGAAAUGGGACUUGAGGGAGUAAAUAAUCAGUCUGGGAUGUAUCUUCAAUACAGUGACGGACCUGAUCCAGUGGCAAAAAAUGUAUCAUUUUGCAUCCGGGAAGUAUCAAAAAUGUAGCAAAAUACGUCCCUCUCCAGUUGAAAAAGACUCCGCUUUGAAGGUCGCGCCAUUUCCCUCACAAAAAGAGCAGGCGCGCUUUUGAAAUCGGAGUUUUUUUCACUUGAAGAGGGAGGUGGCUUUGCUACAUUUUGUGAUACUUCUUGGAUGCAAAAUGAUACGUCUUUUGUCACUGGAUCAGGUCCACUGUAUUGAAGAAGCAUCCCAGACUGAUUAUUUAGUCCCUCAAGUCCCAAUUCCGCUUUGACGAUCCUUUUUAAUCUCAAAUUUAGGCUAGUUAUUCUCGACAGUAGGGUGUCGUAUUAAUGUAUACUAAAUUGUUUCUAUCCUUGUCUAUUAUUCCCACUUAUUCCCACUAAAAUUUCAGCGCAACCAAUCACAAUCCCUCAGCAGUCGAUCUUUGCAAUCAGGCCCUUCAACGACUUCCAAGUUCACAUUUGACAGUGUAAAAAGCUCGAAACACUAUCAGCUGUACAUUUUUCAAAAUGAAUUCGUCACUGGUCGAAAACAUCGGGUCCGAAAAACAUUGGUUGAGUCGGAAAUGACGGAGCUCAGAAUGGUUAGUCAGAAAAAUUCAGAAAUAUUAAAUUUUGCGCAUUUUAACGCUUCAAAAAAUGAUGAAAACUUGCAGAUGCGUCAAUUGGAUCACGAAAAUCUGAAUAAAUUUUUGGGCUUGAGUAUUGACGGGCCGGAUUAUUUGUCGAUCUGGAAAUACUGUGGCCGUGGGAGCAUCAAAGACGUCAUCGAAAAAGGCACGGUCAACAUGGAUGCCUUCAUUGUUUAUUCGUUGAUAAGGGAUCUUUCGGAGGUAAGAUAUCUAUAGAGACUGAAGUUACCAUCCUCCCAAGUCUGUAGACAUUAUUUUUUUCAUUUUUAUUGUUUUAGGGCCUUCAUUUCGUCCAUAAUAGCGCACUUCAUGUUCAUGGUCGCCUAACGUCUUCGACUUGCUUGGUGGAUGACCGUUGGCAGGUCAAGAUAUCGUAUUAUGGGUUGGCAUUUUUGCGAAUGGAUGGCGAACGAGAUGCUAAAGGUAAAAAUUUGCAUAUUCAAAAAUUUACAUAAAUUUGCAUAAUAAAAAAAAAUUUUUAUCAGAAAAUCGUUAUGAAAAAAAAAUUUUGUUAAAGAAUCGCUGUCAUAGAGGUUCAUAGGCAUUGGAUUUUGAGGAAUAUUUGAAAAAUUUCAGAAAUUUGCGUAAUCCAAAAAAUUUGCAUAAUCCAGAAAAUUUGCGUAUGCCUUGAAGACUUAGCUAUCAAUUUUGUCUUGGUAUGAGUUCGAAGACCUCAGAAACAGUUUUUUUUCAAAAAUUUGCAAAAUAAAAAAAUUUGCAUAUUCAAAAAGGCGCUAAAUUUGCAGGAUUUAAAAAAAAGUUUUGUCAGAGAAUCGUUAUAAAAAUUUUUGUGUCAAAGAAUCACUGUCAUAAAGGCUUACAGACAGUGGAUUUUGAGUUUUGAGGAAUAUUUUCUAAAUUUCAAAAAUUUGCAUAUCCAAAAUUUUUUUGCCAUGCCAUCGAUUUUGACUUGGUAUUAGUUUUGUAAACCUCUGAAACAGUUUUUUUUUUCAAAAUUUGCGUAUCUCAAAAACAUUGCAUCAUUUUUUUCUUUUAUGUCCAGACCUCCUCUGGACCGCGCCAGAAGUCCUCCGAGACGGUGAAUCUGCAAUCUCAACGGCCGCCGAUGUCUAUGCCUUUGGGAUCAUCUGUUCGGAGCUUGUGAACAUGAAACUUGCCUAUGAAUUGAAUGAUGUGAAAGGUGGUGCUGAGGAGAUAAUUUAUCUCGUCAAAAAGGGUGGAUCCCGAAGUAUACGGCCAGAAAUUGAGCCUGCAAUCCCGGAUGUUAAUCAGGGAAUUGUAAGACGCUUUUUUUAUUUUUUUGUUUAAAAAAUGAUUUUUGGGCAAUUUUUUCAGAUCCACCUAAUGAAAGAUUGUUGGACGGAAUCGGCGGCGCAACGGCCAAAAAUCGAACUUAUCCGGUCAAUGCUGAGAUCCAUGUCGGGCGGACGGAACGCCAAUCUCAUGGACCAUGUUUUCGGAAUCCUCGAACAACACGCCCUAAAUCUGGAGGAGGAGGUCGCGGACCGGACCAAAGAAUUGGUCGAGGAGAAAAAACGCUCCGACUUGCUGUUGCACCGUAUGCUGCCAAAGUGAGUGAUGAUUGGCCGAAAGGAGGGAGGCUAGAAUUGAGAAAGAUGGGGGAUUGGGGACUAAUCCCCACUGGAAUUAGUUUUUAAUUACGGUGCGGCGUAAGAGCCAUGGAUUAUUGCGGCAAUGAGAAAUUGAUGAUGAGGGUACGGUGGGAGUGGGAGGUGCUGAAAAUGAGUGGCUAGUACAGUGAAAUCUCGUUGUAGAGGGUACGAGGACACUCUACAACGAAACUUGUCUAUAAUUUGAAGAAAAAUUUUUGAGGCCAAUGAGUGAAUUUUAGGCAAAAAUAAGCCUCCGUAUAACAAAAUCCUUCUACUUUUUGACAAUUUCGCGUAUAGCGAAGACUUUUUUGCUCCAGUCACAUUGUUCUGGCAAAUUUUGGAGCAAAUUUAGGCAUCGUACAGUGGCGGCCCUGAUCCAGUGGCAAAAGACGUACCAUUUUUCAUACGGGAAGUGUCAAAAAAAUGUGGCAAAAUACCUCCCUCUCCAAGUGAAAAAGCUCCGAUUUCAAAAGCGCCCGCUCUUUUUAUGAGGGAGAGCCCUUCAAAACGAAGUUUUUUCACUUGAAGAGGGAAGCAUUUUGCCACAUUUUUUGAUAUUUCCCGGAUGCAAAAUGAUACGUUUUUUGCCACUGGAUCAGGUUCGUCACUGUAAUUUCGAUGUGCUCAGUGGUCGUCAAAGAUCGUUGAAUAUAUCUCUCGGCUUGUUCUGUGAUGAUAGAACUAGGAUUGUCGACCAAUAAUACGCGACCGCACCAAAAUCUCCAAGUGAAAAAACUCCGUUUUGAAGGUUCCCUCACAAAAAGAGCGAGCGACCUUUUGAAAUCGGAGUUUUUUCACUUCGAGAGGGAGGUAUUUUGCCACAUUUUUUGAUACUUCCCAGAUUGCAGAAUGGUACUUUUUUGACGCUGGAUCAGGUCCGCUACUAUAACAAUCUCAGUGAUUUCUGCAAAGCGCAAGAUAAAAAUCUAGAUUUUUUUUACAAGGUACUUUUAUGGGGGUUAGUUAUUGUAAAAAGCAAUUUUCCAGACAAGUUGCCGAAAAACUAAAACUUGGUCAAUCCGUUGAGCCAGAAGCUUUCGACACGGUGACAAUCUUCUUUUCGGAUGUGGUAUCUUUCACUACAAUUGCUUCAAAAUGCACUCCUCUACAAGUCAUCAAUUUGCUCAAUGAGCUUUAUACAUUACUUGAUGGAAUCAUCGCUGAAUACGAUGUGUACAAAGUUGAGACAAUCGGUGAGAAUAUUGAAAAAAUAGUCAUCAAAAAAGAAGCUGGAUUUUAUAUGUUACACUAGGAUAAGGGCUUGUAAAAAUAUGAAAUAAUUGCGCUUUCAGGAGACGGCUACCUUUGUGUGUCUGGUCUCCCCAAAAGAAACGGAAAUGAACAUGCCAGAUUCAUCGCGAACAUGUCGAUCCACUUCAUGCGUUCGAUCAAAACUUUCACUAUCCCGAACUUGCCUGGAGAGCAAAUGAAGCUCAGAAUCGGACUUCAUGUUGGCCCUGUGGUCGCUGGAGUGGUGGGACUGGCAAUGCCAAGGUAUUGUUUGUUCGGCGACUCGGUGAAUACGGCGUCCAGAAUGGAGAGCAAUGGAAAACGUAAGGAAGUAGUAAAGCCGGGAGGUGUCCCAAGUGUGACACUCAGAUUUGAAUAAAACUUGGCAUUAAUUUUAAUAUUUUUUUUACAGAACAUUAGCAAGUUCCGAGCUUGUGUUUUGUAUACAAGAAAACCGGGAUUUUAGUCCCAAAAGUUGGCAAAAAUUCGGCAAUUUUUUCUGAGUUUGUGUUUGGAAAAUUUCAGUCUUAAUUUUACCAAAGAAGGCAAUGUUUCCUUCAAAAAAAGUCGUGUUUUUCUACGGCAAAUUGGCAGAUACAGUGGGGGAUUUUUUUGCCCUGAUCCAGCGAUAAAAAACAUACCAUUUUGCAUCCGGGAAGCAUAAAAAGUGUGGCAAAAUACUUCCCUUUCCAAGUGAAAGAAAUUCGCUUUGAAGGGCUCUGCCUUAUAAAAAAGCGAGCGCGCUUUUGAAACCGGAGUUUUUUCACUUGGAGAGGGAAGCGUUUUGCCACAUUUUUGAUACUCCCCGGAUGCAAAAUGAUACGUUUUUUGCCGCUGGAUCAGGUCCGUCACUGUGUAUGCCAAUUUGCCGCAGAAAAACACGACUUUUUUGAAGGAAAUAUUGUCUUCUUCGGUAGAAUUAAGACUGAAAUUUUCCAAGCUUAAACGCUGAAAAAAUUGCCGAAUUUUUGUCAACAAAAAGGGCUUUUUUGUAUUCCACUAUCCUCGUUUAGCGUUCAUUCUCGUCGAUAAAGGCCGUUCGAUUCGCCUGUUUCUUCGACUUAAUGCGAUUUAAAACUUUCGGGAAUUGACGUGUAAUUUAGGAACAAAAUUUGCGCAGAAUUCGAAGAAAAUAUGAAUUUUUUCACUUGCCAUACCUUGUAUAAACUCUUGCCAGUUGUGGUAUAAAAAAUACGUAAUCUGUUCCACAAACGCUUUGUUUUCAGCCAAUCGAAUCCACAUCUCCGCCGAUUGCAAUCACUUUCUUCUGAACGUAGUGGGUGGGUAUGUCACCGAAAGUCGCGGCGAGGUUUUGAUCAAAGGAAAAGGCGUAAUGGAGACAUUUUGGCUCCUCGGAACCGCGGAGGAACAACGCAACAACGCCAUGUAUUCGCAGUAUUCGAAGGAGGAUGGAGAUGUCGAUAAUGAUGACUAA